GGAAGGAGAGAGGGAGAGAGAGCCUCCGCGCCACCCUCCGCCGCCGCCAUCGCAGCCCUCCCGCCGGGCACCGGGGCAGAUGCAGGCCAUCAAGUGUGUGGUCGUGGGAGACGGGGCUGUGGGGAAGACCUGUCUGUUGAUCAGCUACACGACAAAUGCCUUCCCCGGAGAGUACAUCCCCACUGUCUUUGACAAUUAUUCUGCCAAUGUCAUGGUGGAUGGAAAGCCAGUUAACCUGGGUCUGUGGGACACAGCAGGACAAGAAGACUAUGACAGGCUGCGACCUCUUUCCUAUCCACAGACGGAUGUGUUCCUGAUCUGCUUCUCACUGGUGAGCCCAGCUUCCUUUGAAAAUGUCCGAGCCAAGUGGUAUCCAGAAGUCAGACAUCACUGCCCCAAUACACCAAUCAUCCUUGUGGGCACCAAGCUGGACCUGAGAGAUGACAAGGACACCAUCGAAAGGCUGCGGGACAAAAAGUUGGCUCCCAUUACAUACCCCCAAGGCCUAGCCAUGGCUAGAGAGAUUGGCUCCGUAAAAUACCUAGAAUGCUCUGCCCUUACACAGCGAGGCCUCAAGACCGUCUUCGACGAAGCCAUCCGUGCCGUGCUCUGCCCCCCACCUGUAAAGAAGCCUGGCAAAAAGUGCACUGUUUUCUGAGGGCACCUGAGUUUAGCACAUUGUGGUUGCCUCGCUCUUCUUGGCACACAAGGAAGGAGCGUUCGCUGGGCGGUCCUGCAGAGGGAGUGGGGCAGGGCCCUUCAUCAUGUACGAAGUCAGUGUUUUUUUAAAUGUCUCUUUGAUUUAACGUCUGUGUCGAUGUAAAAAGAGCCGCAUGGGAGGAAGGAGGAGCUAGGUGCCAUCCCACCCUCCAGGGCAGAGCGAUGUCUGUGUGUGAGUUGGAGGGAGCGUGCUCCCUGACUCUGUGCUGGGGAAGGAGUGCAUGACCAGCCCUUUCCUAACUUAACUUCUAUUGGUGCUAGAGCUUUGUGGUGGGAGCAGAGUACGAAAUCACAAAAGACAAAUGGGACACAGGCUGAAGAACUAGCCAUGGGUACUUUAUUGUGCAAGACGCUAGCUUACACUCGAGAACUGGGUCAGAGCAGCUUCUGUGCCAUCCAAAGCUGCCUUUGCUUUUCAGGGCACCACCUGCCCCACUUGCUGCUUCCGAGCUGGUUUUAUUUGACUGCCAGCUCUCCCCAAAAGAGGGAAAGAGCAGGGAGGUCUCUUUACCACGUCCAGCCUGGCACAACAAAACUGCCUGGAAGGGCCUUUCUGUAAGAUGUUUGAAAAGAAAAACUGGGGAAGGCCCAGGUACAAAGCUGAUGGCCAGCCCCUUCCUUUUGUCAGGUAUGAUGGACGGGGGAUGGAGCACGGAGAGCUUUGCAGGGGUCGGGAUGGAGAUGGGUCGGAUUUUUAAAUCAUUGUGUAGCGUGAUGAGCCGAACACCUCUUAUUUUAUACAAUAAACAUUUCUCCAUAAGUAA